UCCCCCUUCAUAUCCAUAUUAUCCAUUUUUUUUUCGCUCUUUCUUUUGCUUGACUCGCCUGCUUACCUCUAUAUUUAUUUGUACAAAACCUUUCUAUUGCUUUUCGUGUUUCUUUCCCCCUUCACGCACAUAUAUCAUCUACAAAAAUAUAUCGCUCAUAUCAUACCAUAAAGCCGACUAAAUCAUAUCGAUCGAUUUUGGCAUCUGACCAUUCCAAACGUGGCUCCCGAAGCAACAACCACAGUCGUACGAGUACAAACUGUCAUGUGCUAUGAACACCAAAAGGCCGAUCGCCUCAGAAUCAGAUGAGCUCCACCGAAGCGUAACCCCCAUUUGGAAUCCAUAUUUAGGCACGCGAAUAUGCAAGGUUAUCAUUGCAAGAUCGACCUGGGGAAGCAAGCGUCUGAUGACCGAAAACUGGAUUGAGGUAGUGUUUUCCCAGACGCUUACUGAAGAUUUGGCAUGUAAACAUGAUAUAAAAUUGAACUCCAGUCCAUGGCGUAUUUUCCCCAAAAAAAAAAAGAAGGUGAUGAUAGAGUUAUGCUUUUUCAGCUUCUUUCAUUUGAGAGACUUUGAACCAAAAACCCACAUUUUCAAUCGGAGUCACAUGAAAUCAUGUUCCUGGAUGCCCUUUGAAGUUCAUCGUCACAGCAGCGAUAAAAAUAAUCUUUUUUUUUUUUUUUCUCCCUCCUCUCACUGGAUCGGGUCACACAGAAAUCUCAGAGUGAUCGUCAUCAGUUUUUGACAAUCAUAUAAUAAAGUAAAGCUGUCAAAUUCUAUUCAACAUGCUAAAUGAGCGGGUUCAACUUGCCAUACUAUAUGAAAUCAAAAAAGAUGAUAGUGACCAAGUAAAAAAAAGAUAUUUC